CAGCUCUGGACAUCCCCGGGAACAACAGUUGGGCUCUGCAUACACCAUCAAGCAGCCCACAGCCUCUCUCAGAUCCCACCUGGUCCCUAUGCUGCAUAUGUCCCUUCUUCCAGGGGGCAGUGCUACCCCUUAAAUAAAUGCCGCCCUAGGCAAAUGCCUUGUGAUCAGUGCCCAGAUGAUCAGUGUAGCCCCAUCAAUGCCACCUGUCAUUGCCCAUCAAUGCCACCUGUCAGUGCCCAUCAGUGCACAUCAAUGCCACAUAUCAGUGCCUACCAGUGCACAUCAAUGCCACAUAUGAGUGCCUAUCAGUGAGCAUCAGU